CUUUUUUAUUGCUAGCCUUCUACUCUAGGCCCACUUCAGCUUGCUGUGUUCAUGGGCAUCCGGUAUUUGCUUUAGUAUUUUUAUCAUACUAGGGGUCUUGCUUUCGGUUGAAGUUUUAAGCUUUAAUUCAUAUUUUUAUACAAUAAUAUGAAUAGUUUGGUGAAAAGUGUUUUAAAAACCUCGUCCCUAAGAUGUUUAACGAGUCUACUUCAUCAAAAUGUAGGGACUGGAACAGCCAAAAGGCAAUUUGCUAGGACUCUAUGGCACAUGUGUAAUAGGAGUGAUCUUUCUAGUAAUAUGCAACUUUCUACACCUAGCACUAUGUGCGGUUGUGGUUGUGGACUUAUGAGAGCUCAUACGAAAGCUGAACAAGAAUUGGUUGAAUUUUUACAUGAAGAGAUUGCUGCAGAAAGGAAAUUACAGAAAACCAAAAACAUUCCGACUGAAGUCUGUGGAUUUAAAGUAAAAUUAGAUGGUUCAGAAGUGAGUUUAUCAAAAGCAGCAGGAGAUGAAAAGAUAGAAAUCAAUUUCAAUGUGAAUCAUAGCGUGGACUCUGAUACGGAACCUGAUAUUAACCCAAACAUGGACAAACCAAAUAUUGAACUGAAGUCAAGGCCAACAUUUGAAGUUGACAUCAAGCGAGGCGACAGGACACUUGGGUUCACCUGUUCUUACAUAUCCCACAACCAGGAACAACAGGAGAACGAUGGCUUCAGUAAGUUGAUAAGUUCUCUGUGUUUAGAUAUUAGUUGAUAAGUUCUCUGUGUU